AAAGAAAUGGAUUCUUUACAACUACGCUGCUUUCUAAAGAAGAAUCAAUUAUUUGAUCUCUCCAUAAAAACCAUCCGUUCAUGAUUGUCGACUAAACCCAUAUUCUCUCUUCUUCUUCUUCUUCUUUCUCUCAAUUCUCUCUCUCUCUCCAAUGUCUCGCAUAACAAUGGAGAAGAAGCUCCGUACAGCCAAAAAAGCAUGGAAGAAACUAACCAAAUCAUUACAAUCCAAAUUCCACGCCCUUAACAUCUCCAAAUCCAUCAACACAGCCAAGCGCCGUCUCAUCUCCGCCGUUCAAACCUCCCUCCGUCUCCUAAUUCCCUCCAAAUUCCACCGCCGCCUUCUCCGCCGUAAAUCAUCGCCUUCUUCCUAUUACCACCGCAAUCAAAAUAAAAAUCAGUUUCUCCGCCAUUACGACGACCAACACUUUCACAAUCCAAACAACUUCGCCGCAAUCCACAUCGACGAGCUCUUCCCAGAUCUGUCGGACCCAAUUGCAAAGCGAUCCGGCGGUGAAAUUACAGAGACGAGCAGAGGAAAAGAAGUAAUGAAAGAGGCCGAAAAGGAUAAUCAUGAUGAGGAGACGAGUAUUUACAGUAUUGAAGAUGCUUGGAAAAUCGUGGUGGCUUCAUCGCCGCAUCUUCGGCCGGUGGAUGAACGAGCGGAGGAAUUCAUAAGAAAAUUCCGGCGAGAGAUUAUUCUUGAGAAGGAGAAAUCGCUUCUUGAAUUUGAACGGAUGUUGGCUCGAAGUGCCGCUUGAUAUUUGUGAAUUCGUUUGGAUUAUACAUAAAAUUCAUAAAUUAUGGAUAUUGGUUUCCAUGUUUACAGGUAAAAAAAAUACAUAAUAAGAUUGACAAUUUUUUUUUAUAAAAAGGUUUCCUUUCUUACGGUGUGGUUUGAAUUUGAAUGUAUAGUGUAUAGAAGAUACUAUGAAGUGAUUUUUUCGUUUUGUUUUGUGAUCUCCAUAAAUUUUUAGGGGAGAUAUUCUGAUGUAUUUACUGAUUUUAAUUUCAUGUAUGUUAUGAUCUACCAAUGAAGCUUCAAUUUCAUAUAACAUUUUAAAUUAAAUUUUAUAAGA